GGUGGAGGAUACUUGCUGGUUGUAGCACCACAGAUGGUGUUUGAAUGAUUGAGUGUUGCUCAGUCAAGAGGAUUCAGAACUGACUUGGCUGAUUUGACCUGGAAUACAAAGAAUUUUCCAAAAAAUCAAAUCAAAACCCCUCUUAAAAUUUACGCACAGUAACCCUGUCAAACCACAAGGCAGUUUGCUCAGAAACACUGUUAAUGUCCUACUGCUGCAAGGUUGUUAAAAUACGUUCAAGAGGUCGAAGGAUUCAAGAUCACACCCCACAAUACAGAGGAAGGCAAAAAUCCCCACAGUCCAUGCCAGCCUGACCAUGGAGUCAAAUUCCUUCCUGAUUCCAAAGGUGGCAACUUUCUAACCAGGAACCUCUGGCUUUCAGUUCCAGUGUGAGCAUCAAGACACCCCUGUCAAAAUCUGCCUUGGCUUCACCCAACACCCAGUGCUUUUGAGGAAGGCAGACCUGCCACCCAAAAAACCUCCAAAAAUUCCUACCCUGACACCUGUAGCAGCAGGAGGGGAAAACAUUCCUUGACAGCCCCAGGUGGCAACCAACACAGCUCUGAAGCGCAGGGAAAAAACAAACACCAAAAUUGUAGGUGAGGAUGAUGGAGGAAAACUCUUUACUCCCGAGGAAUAUGAGGAGUAUAAAAGAAAAGUGUUACCAAUCCGGUUACAGAAUAAAUUGUAUGUGAGCUGGAGAUCACCAGCUGGCAUGGACUGUAAGCUAGUGGGCCCAGAGACACUGUGCUUUUGUACCCAUAGGUAUAAACAACACAAAACAGAUUUUGAAGUGAUUCCAAAAGAUCGUCCUAUUUGUGUACCUUGUAGAGUGAGCCAUUGUCAAUGCAAGUCCUAUCACUAUGUCCCCUUAAAUGGCACUCAGCCUAUUCGUUGUAGAUGCAAACAUUUUGCUGAUCAGCACAGUGCCGCGCCUGGAUUUGCAUGCAACUUAUGUUCCAAAUGCUCAGGUUUUCACAGUUCCUUUACCUGUGGCUGUGGUCAGCCAACAUAUACUCAUGAAACAGUAGUGGAAACUAAACAAGAGCGCUCAGCCUUGGGAAAGCCUGUGGGGCAGGAUGUGCCUUAUGCUGCAAUGGGAGGACUGACUGGCUUCAGUUCGCUAGCAGAAGGAUACAUGAGACUUGAUGAUAGUGGAAUAGGAGCACCAUCAGUUGAAUUCCUAGAGUCUCCUGUUACCAACAUGGACCAUCCAUUUCUAAAAGCAUUCCAAGGACCAUCCAGUUCUGCGCACGUCAGCUCACAGUUACCAGGUAGUUCUAUUGAUGCAAUGCAGGUAUCCCAUGUCAGAAAUUCUAAACAAGACGACAUGGCUUAUUUUGAAAAGCGGUACCAGGAACGGUUGAAAAAGGAGAAGCCUGCUAAACAGGAAGGAAGAAGUCCAUUGCCAUCAAAAAAUCCAUGAAAGUUGAUGAAAAAAGGAGUUCUUGCAAUGCUUGAUACUGAAGCAUAUCUUCAUCAUAUUUAUUGCAUAUCUGUAGUUUUCAGUUUCUUAUUAACAAUAUUGCUGUAUUAAAAUACUGAUAA